AUGGACCAGAAAUUCAACUCGAUGAGUUUGGACGUUAAUAGCCUAAAGGUGGCUGCAACACGACCCUAUCAGAGGCUUCCUCAAGCGCCUAGAUCGUACCAGGAUCAGUACGGGCCUCCACAGAACCAGGCUUAUACACAAGGGCCGAGGCCUUCCCUAAGCUUCCUACAAGGUAUUUUCUGCUACUUCUGUGGGGCAGAAGGGCACCGUCAAUCGGUAAGAGAGUGCAGAGAGUUAGCGGCUGAUAUCCAGUCAGGGAGGCUACACUACUUCCAAAGCUUCCUACACCUAGGGAAGGAAGGAGAUCACGGUCCCAAACUCGUAAGACAAGACGUGACCGACGCCUACGAACAACAGGACAACCGAGACGUCUAUGACAGACAGGACAAUCAUGCACAGGUCCCAAUCAACUGCCUAGCCGCCCACCUAGGAAGUAGGCCUGAUCUAAAUGAGGAGAUCGACAGUGAUGACGACGAACUACCCCUGCAUCAAAUCAUUGAGGACUUUAACGCAGGCGCGGGCGUGAAUGCAGUGGGAACACGGGGAACACAAGAUCUCGCUCAGAAGCGCCGUCGCGAGGACCACGAUAUUGCAUCGACCCAAUCCUUAGAGAACUCGCGAAGACCUGAUCGCUCUCCGCACACGGCAGAUUUUACAACGUGUCGAAGACGUCUAGGAAGCGAUCCACCGAUAUGCCAGAAUGCGUGA